ACCACUGGGAUGAAAGCUAAAGUUACAGGUUGUACAGCAUGUGUUUAUGCCAUUCAAAGCGGUAGCCUUCUGUGCUUGCGGUAUUUGGUGGAAAAGUGUCGUUCCGAUUUAGCAGCCGUAUCCGAUCGUGGUCAGUCACUAUUGCAUGUUGCUUGCCUUGCUGGUCAGACGCAUAUUGUACGAUGGAUAGUGCAGCGAUCUGUACCAAAUGUUGUUUUUUGGACGACAAAGGAUAACGCCAACGCUAUUCACUGUGCCGCAUUUAGUGGUAGCGUCGGUUCCCUUCGAAUCCUAAUGAGUGUCGUACCAAAAAAACGAAGGCGUGCUGUUCUUGCCCUGCGAGACCUACGCGGUAAUACAGCGCUACAUUUAACAGCUAUCAAUAACCACAUUGAUGCUGCCCAAUUUUUGCUGCAAAGCGGCGCUGAUCUAAAACUUGUAAAUGCUGCCGGUCAAACACCAGAGGCUAUUGCGAGACUUAAAAACCAUAAUGAAUUGGCUACUUUCUUUCACACCUGGAAUGGUAAAAAAGGUAAAUUAAGUAAAGACUUAACACUUCCGACUCACACUGAUUCUGUUGUGGACAGUGCUGGUGGUCAUUCUUCUGGUUAUGACAGCGGGCUAAGUCAAACGUUACCGAAUGAGUCUCGAUUAACGUCUCCUUUACAGAACCAGUACUCAAUGGUCAGCUAUCCUGAUCGUUUUGAACAAACAAGGUUAACUCUCAUAAUUCAACUUAAAAUUAAAUCGCCAACACUUCUUUCGCCGCUUUUUAGGACUUCAGAGCGAUUGGAAAUGAAGCCUUUAAAUUAUAUUGCUUCUGACGAAGGUGGUCGGAUUUAUGCAGACUGCGCUUGUCAAACAGACCCUGAUGACUUAUCAGAGCAAAUCAAAGUAUAG